CAACAACGGUAAUCUGUCCCCGACCUACCUACCUCCCCCCUUCUCUCUCUCUCCUCUCUCUAAACGCUAAGGAGAGAGAAAAAAGGGACAGAAAAAAGAAGAGGAAAGCGAGAUCGGAACCCGAAAUGGGAAAGCUCCUCUCCAACUCCGCCGCCGUCGCCGAAACCCUAAACCCAUCGCCGUCCCUCCUCCAGUGGCCGGACCCGGACCCGAUCCAUACACCAGAGGCCGCCGAUCCGGCGACAGCUGCCUUCGCGUGGGCCGCCGUCUCCGGGCUGGACGAGCAGCAGCGACGGCGGCUCGAGAAGAUCCACGCGCGGGGGGUCUUCUGGAAGAACCCGCGCGAUGCGGAGGCCCCCGGUGUGGCGUUCCGGCUGGAGCACGGCGGUGACGUGGAGGCGGACGGAAACUGCCUGUUCACGGCGGCGCGGAGGGCGAUGGGGCCCAAGACGGCCGGGGCGCGUGAGCUGCGGCAGCGAGCGGUGCGGCGGUUCUUGGAGGACUAUGGAUCGGCGGACGGUGCGGCGAGGGAGGCGGCAGACGUGGCUAUCCGGCACUUGUACUCGCCGGAUCUGAAGGCUGGGUGGGGCAUUCACGUCGUGCAGGAGGUGAAGCUCCUAGCGAAGAAGGCGGAUCGCGAGGGCUUGGAUGCCUCCAUUCAGGAGCUCGUAGAUCUAGGACUCCAAAGGGAAGGGGCAGCAGAAUCUAUUUAUAAAGAGAGAUGCAUGGCCAUAAAUGAUGGGCUAAGUUGGGCAAAGUACAUGUCCAUCUCUGGCUCUCCGGAGGAUGAGUAUGACAUCAUUACAUUACAAUACACAGAGGAGGGGUUGUUAAGCAUAGAUGAGAAUCGGAAUGGCCAUGCUGCAGCUUUUGGCGAUGAUAUUGCCAUUGAGAGCUUGGCAACAGAGUUCCGACGGGAAGUAUAUGUGGUUCAAGCACAUGGGUCGGAUGCAAUGGUGGAUGAAAACGAUUGCGUCUUCUUUCUCCCCCACAGUCCCAGGGUUCAAAUUUGUGAACCUCCCAUUUUUCUGUUUAUGAAGGGAACAGGUUGGUGUGGUGCGGGAGCUGACCAUUACGAGCCUUUAAUAGCCAAUCCUCUUCCUCUUAUUUCCCAGGACAAGGCUGCCGUCGUACUGUGAGAUGCAUCCAUUGCCAGAUUUUGUGGAGCUGAGCUGGGCUGUGUCUUAGUUUUUUCCUCAUGGACAUUAUUGGCUCAUUAUCGUCGAGGGCAAUUAUUGAUUCUUUUUCUGUAUUAUUUUUUGAACAUGAUCCAAUUUGGAUCGAUGCUGACUCUGACUACUACCCUCGAGACCAACCCCUUGCGCUGUUUCUGUAUCGGUAUUGGUAGUUUAAAGUGGUGAGAGAUUUCUCGGAGUCGUUUUCGACUACUAUCGUUACGAAGAUCUUGAUUGUUAUGAUCAGAGUCAUGUUUUCUCUUCUUUUUUUUUUUGGUCUUUUUAGAUUGAUAUCAUGAGAGUGGUGGCAAUGUUUGAACUCUCUCGUUUGUUAAGACAAAUUAAUUCAAGCACAUGCCUCCUUUUGAGUUA